AUGGUCAAGCCUCAGAUAUACCAAUUGUCGGUGGCCGCCGCAUUUGACGGUUUGCGCCCACAGGAAAAGCUCUAUGCACAUCACAUGGCGAAGGCUGCCUGGAAUGGCACACGAAUUAUCCUCCGUCAAGUCUCGCCUGAGGCCAAUGGCAUUUUCGACCUUAUAAUGGCCCUUUACCAUAGCUGUGACGGGAAAUGGGAACAACUUGCCACGGAAGCUGGGGUCAGCGUUCAAGAACUAGAGAAUUUCCUGGAUUAUGCCGCUACAUUCCUAUCCAAUGUUGGCAAUUACUUUGGGUCCGGCGAUCAAAAGUUUACGCCCGAUGUAUCCAAGGAGACCCUUACCUCUCUAGCAUCAGUAUCAUCGUCGGCGAGUAAACUACUUGGGCAGAUCAAGGAACCGAUGAUGAGCCCUCUUCCGAGCAGUUUAGGCCACCCUGGACCGUUUACCCAGUCAUCAUAUUAUUUGGGUGAGGACUGCCUUGAGUCUUCAGAGGAUAUUGCCACGAUAUCAAAACUCAUGGAGGCUCAAUCAAUCUUGCCUGAAAAUACUCGACUAAAGGCAUACCAAGAUACUGAUACUCGUUGCUAUGAUAUCAUGCAAGCAUCUGUGGUGGAAGAGAAGGUGGCAUGGGAUUAUUUGAUGGAUCGGGAGCGUCCGAUAAGAGGGCAUUUCUGUUGA